AUGAAGACACUUUUCUCCUUGGCGCUUCUACCGCUAGCAGCUUUAGCCGCUAGUCCAAACUCCAAAUGCCGAUGCAUGCCUAGCGACGCUUGCUGGCCCUCCACCAACGCCUGGUCUUCCCUCAACAAGACCGUAGAUGGCGCUCUCAUCAAGACCGUCCCCAUCGGCUCGCCCUGCCACGAUCCCACAUAUGAUGAGGAGGCUUGUACAGCCUUGCAGAACGCUUGGGGUCUACCCGAGACUCACAUCGAGUCCUCGUCGUCGGUUAUGCAACAGUUCUUCGCCAACCAAUCCUGCGACCCUUUCUUGGCACAAAGUCGACCCUGCACUAUUGGAAACUAUCCCAACUACGCUGUCAAGGUCUCCAACGCGCGCCAAGUAGCCGCCGCUGUGCGCUUCGCCAACGAUAACAAUAUCCGGCUAGUCAUUCGCAACACAGCGCACGAUUACUUUGGUCGCUCCACAGGUGCAGCCUCACUAGCAAUUUGGACGCACCAUCUCAAGUCCAAGGAGGUUAUCCAGUGGUCCGACAAGAACUACUCGGGCCCGGCCUUCAAGCUAGGCGCGGGUAUCCAGGGCGCUGAAGCCGUCGAGUUUGCCAGCGCGAACGGUCUCACCGGCGUCCCUGGCGAGUGUCCCACCGUUGGUCUCGCUGGCUUUACUCUUGGCGGAGGUCAUUCUCCGCUAAGCACCAGUUUCGGUCUUGGCGCGGACAAUACCCUUGAAUUUGAAGUUGUCACUGCUGCGGGUCGUAUCGUUCGUGCUUCUGCGACUGAGAACAGUGACUUGUACUGGGCUCUGGGUGGUGGUGGUGCUGGUAACUUUGCGAUUGUUACGUCGAUGACUGUGAGGGCGCACAAGACAUCUACCAUUGGUGGUGCUACCCUUACUUUGGGUGCGGGAUCAAAUAAGGAUGCCUAUUACGCUGCGCUUGAGAAGUUUCAUGAACUCCUUCCUGCCAUGGUAGAUCAUGGUCCUACGGUCGUUUACCUCGUCACUGGCGCUGGUCUAUCCAUCAAGCCUGUCACUCUCGCCAAUUCGACCGGCGACUAUGUUCGGGACAAGGUUCUUGCGCCUUUCACUGAGUACCUUACCAAGCAAGGUCUCAAGCACACCGUGUCUUACAGCACGUUGAGCUUCCGGGAUCAUUACGAAUUGUACAACGGUCCUCUUCCCAAUGGCCACAUCGAAUCGUCGCAAUUCCAAUAUGGCGGUCGUCUCAUCCCUCGCUCUGUCCUCGAGAACGACAAUGCGGCUUUCAGCAAGGUCAUUCGCAGUCUCCUCUCCAGCGGCCUCGUCCUCGCCGGUAGCAGCGGUACAUUCAUUGCUCCCAAGGGCGUAUCCAACGCUGUUCUUCCCGCUUGGCGCAAGGCCAUCAUGUCGAUGCAGAUGGGUACGCUCUGGGAUGUUAAGCGUUGGGAUGAUAUGCUUGCAGACCAGAAGAAGAUUACCGAGGUAUACAUGCCUCAGCUUAUCGCUGUGACGCCCGGCAGUGGCACUUAUAUGAACGAGGCAGACUUCAACCAGCCCAACUGGAAGGAAGUGUUUUACGGUACUAACUGGGACCGUCUCAUGGCUGUGAAGAAGAAGUGGGAUCCUAAGAGUCUGUUGUAUAACUGGAGGGGUGUCAACAGUGAGGUUUGGACUGUUGCCAAGGAUGGCCGUAUGUGCAAGGCCUGA